AGUAUAUAUAAUACAAAAUGUGUGUAUAUAUAUAUAUAUAUUUUUUUUUAAAAACACGAUCAACACAAACCGUUAAUUACUAUUCCAUUUUCUCUAUCAAUUUGAAUGUCCAAUUUAAUCUUUACAUGUACCUAAUUUUUAAAUAUAUAUAGCUUGUUCUUUAAUAGAAAAUAUUUAAUAAUGUCAAAUCAAUUUACAAUAAAAGAUCAUAUUGAAAUUAAUGGUCAAAAAGAGCAAUUAAAACCGAUUAUAAAUGUUAAACGCUCAACUUUAUCAGAAUAUGCAAUAUCACAUAUUCGAACAAUUUCACGAAAAAUCUGUUCAGAAAUUCAAAUCGUUUCAGAUGUAAAUUAUGACGAUUUGUGCGGACCGUGGAUAUACUCAAAAAAUCCUCUUUAUAGUCAGUAUAUUGAUAUACCGUGUCCAAGUUUGUGCAUUUGGAAAUAUUUUACAGAAGAGGACAUAAUUUAUCUAAAAAAAAAUCAAGAAAAUAAAAAUAUGAUAGUUUCUUUUUUUGAGAAUAAAUUGUUAAAUGAAACUACAGUAAAAAAUAAUACUGUUGUUUCAAAUGUAUUAUGGGAAUUCUUUAAAUUUGCUAGGUAUUUGAAUAUAUUAAAUUUAUAA